GACUCUGACUACCUGUGGGUGGCGUUCCACCUGUACGAUAGUGGCGAUAGUGACGAUGAGGAGGACGAGAGAAGAAGACUGCUCCAGCUACGAGGAGACGAGAGGAAGAAAAGGUGGAGGCAUAAGAUGGAGGCUCUAAAGGGUCAGAAGCAGGAGUACGUGACAGGGAUGUGGAACGUCAACACGGUGCUGCUGAGAGGGCUGUGGAAGGAACCCGAUCUGGAGGAGGAGGAAGAGAGCCCAGAUGAAGAAAUAACCAGCCCUAAACAGGCCACCGCAGCAUGGGAGCGCGCUGCCCGUCUCAUCCAGCAGAGGGAGUCUCUGCUGGCUCGUCUGGAGCUGUUUGACAGGGACGCUUCUGACCCCAACCGCUUCUUCCUGCAAGGCUACCAGGGCACCUCUCUAGCCAGGUUGGAUGAGUCCAAGCACCGGAGCAAACUCAACUCCCAGAUCUGUUCUCUGGAGAAGGUGUUGUCUAAGAUUCUCCACCACAUUACAGACAGCUUCCACGACACUGUCACCUACAAGGGGAGGCCGUACAGGGAGAAGAUGCGCUGGGACCACAUCGAGAUGCUCUACUGGCUGCAGCACGAGCGCCGGGUCCAGGCUCUGGAGAGGGUGGUGGAGGGGAGGGGCUCUCUCCCCACCAGACUGCCCCCACCCCCCCCCCCCCCCCCCCCCCAACCAACCCACUUCAGCGGGCAGGCCUUUCUAAUCGACCUGGUGGGGCACAGGAGUCACACUAAGAGGCAGCAGUGCAAGUAG